AUGUCAAGAGAAGAUUCUGUUUAUUUAGCAAAACUAGCUGAGCAAGCUGAGCGUUAUGAGGAGAUGGUCGAGAACAUGAAGACCGUCGCCUCUUCCGGCUUAGAGUUGUCUGUCGAAGAGAGAAACUUGCUUUCUGUUGCAUACAAAAACGUAAUUGGAGCUAGAAGAGCUUCUUGGAGAAUCGUCUCCUCAAUUGAACAGAAAGAGGAAGCCAAGGGUAACCAAUCACAAGUGUCUUUGAUCAGAGAAUACCGCUCCAAGAUUGAGACCGAAUUGGCCAACAUUUGUGAGGAUAUUUUGUCUGUUUUGAGUGAGCACCUUAUUCCUUCUGCCAGAACUGGCGAAUCCAAGGUCUUCUACUUUAAGAUGAAGGGUGAUUACCACCGUUAUUUGGCCGAAUUCGCUGUUGGUGACAAGCGAAAGGAAGCUGCUAAUUUGUCAUUGGAGGCUUACAAGUCUGCCUCUGACGUUGCUGUUACGGAGCUACCUCCAACUCAUCCAAUUAGAUUGGGUCUGGCUCUGAAUUUCUCAGUCUUCUACUACGAGAUUCUAAACUCUCCUGACCGCGCCUGUCAUUUAGCCAAGCAAGCUUUCGACGAUGCUAUUGCUGAGUUAGAAACCCUAUCUGAAGAAUCUUACAAAGACUCCACUUUGAUUAUGCAACUGCUGCGUGACAACUUGACUUUGUGGACCUCAGACAUGUCUGAAACUGGACAAGAAGAGUCAUCCAAUAGCCAAGAUAAGACAGAAGCUGCUCCCAAAGAUGAAGAGUGA